ACCCCUCGUCUUCUGUGCAGCCGCCGUUCCUGCCCGCCGGCCGCCUCGAGGACUGCCUGCCGCCGUGCUACCACGCCAACAAGAACAUGGCCAAGCUCAUCAAGGAGCAGAAGCGCAAACUCUUCCACACUUCGGUGUACGAGUCGGAGGUGCAGCUGAAGAAGCUCUACAUCCAGACGUGUCGACGGCUUCCUGCGCACGGCUGCAAGGUCUACCAGGUCAAGGAGCUGCUGCGGGGGAAGACCAAAAAGAAGGCGGCUAGACUCUUGGGCCUGGGACCCGAGAAGAUCGUCCUGCUGGACAACAAGACCCGCAUCCUCGCCAAGUCGCAGAACACUGCGGAUCUUCUCCAGUGGCGAACGGGCGGCGGCCGCUCCCAUGACCGACUGCAACUGGAGUUCCGGGCUACGCGCUGGUCGCUGGUUGUGCCCGCUGUGGCCGCCAUGCGCCAAGUGGGGCUGGCCCUCUGGGAGCUCCUCCAGGAGCUCGACUCCCACUUUCUGGAGGAGUACGCCGUCCAGCGACGAGUCGGACGCCAAGAGCUGGUGAAGCGGUCGCUGCUGACCCUGCAGGUGGUGGCGGCCGAGGAGCUCGAGGCGCUGCACCGCCUGCUGCACGUGCCCGAGGAGGUGGCGCUGCGGCUGGCGGACGCCGAGCACCGCCUCUUCUACCAGGUGCCGCCCAUCGACUACCUGCGCCAGGUCACGCUCGACCUGGGCUCGAGCAGCGGCAGCCCCAGCAGCGGCGAGCACCAGCAGCAGGCGGGACCGGGACACGGCGCGCAGAGGCCCUCCGUGCGCAGCCUCAUCAAGCGCUUCAACGAGGUGAGCUCGUGGGUCACGCACCUAAUCAUCACGCAACCAACACACGAAGACCGCAAAGCCGUACUAUCAUGCAUCCUGCGCGUCGCGCUAUCCUGCUGGAAUAUCGGCAAUUUCAACGGUGCUAUGGAGAUCGUGGCGGGACUCAAGUCAAACAAGCUGAAACCGUUCUGGCUGUCGAUCACGGAGAAGGAGUCGCUGCCGGUGCUGGACUUCCUGUCGGCGGCGCUGCUGUCGGCCGAGUACGAGCGCGCGCUGGCGCGGGCGCUGGCGAUGUCGGAGUGCCGCGUCGUGCCCUUCUUCGGCGCCUUCCUGCGCGAGCUGCGGGACAUCCUGGCGGGCAGCCCCAGCCUCGUGGUGCUGGCGCCGCCCCCGCACUCGCCCUCGCCGGCGGCGGGCCCUGCGGCGGCGGCGGCGGCGGCGGCGGAGGCGGCGGAGGCGCAGCUCGAGUUCAUCUCUGACUACAAUGGAGAAGACCACUACUUUACGCGAAUCGGUCCAGGAGGUCUCAUCAACUUGGACAAAAUCUACCGCACACAGGCAGUUAUGGAUCGAAUUGCCUCAUUCCAUCAACAUUACCAUGCUCGCAACCGUGAAUCAGUGCCGAACUUGCUCAGGGACCACCUCAGCAUUCAUACAUCCAGUAUUGAACGCUCUUAUUUAUUGGAUGAAUCUGAGGACCAUGAUUAUGAUCUUGAUCUCGACACAUACCAGCCAGUCCAGCCUUUAAGCAAUGACCAUGGCGUCAGCUUCUUUCCCAUAUCUGCUCCACACAGCAGAAUUGAUCACCACGUUUUACAGGUGCUGCACCACGGCAGCACGGCGGUGCACUGGGACGCGGAGGGCGGGUCGCGCACGGCGCUGGUGUACGCGCGCCUGGAGCGCAGCUGCGCCACGCUGACGUGGGGGCGGCCGGCGUGGAGCGCGCUGCGCACGGGCGCGGGCGGCGGCGGCGGGCCCGCCUCCGACUACUGCCUGGGCGCCAACCCCGAGGAGGCGGUCGCGCCCGGCCUGCUGCUCAAGCUGGCGGGCGCCGAGCCCACGCUCGAGGAGGGCUACCUCGACCUCGCCUGCGUCAAGGAGAUCUCUCAGGGCGGCCGCGACCGAGACCGCGACCCCGACCUGCUGACCGCCUGCCGCCGCUACGGCCUCGACAAGUUCGCCACGCGCGACUGCGUGCUCGCGCUCGUCUACGGCGCCAACCUCAGCGACAACCGCGUCCUCUUCCUGCUCUGCCCGCCGACGCUCUGCAAGAUGUGGUACACGGGGCUGUGCUGGGUGGUGCGCGGCCUCAAGCGGCAGAUGCAGCUGACGGACCGGCGCAUGCUCUGGCUCAAGGAGCAGUACCUGCAGCUCUACUUCGACGAGGGCCUCUGCCAGGGACCCAUGACAGCCGACGCCAUUCGGGUGUUCGGAGGCCGGGACUGGGCCAUGACGGGGGCGGUAGCCGGCAUGUCGCCCCCCGACAACGGGACGCUGCGCAGGGGCGCCUCCGCCAAGUUCAAGAAGAAGAAGUCCAUCGGCAACAUACAGACGCUAAAGGACUCCGGUUCGAAGCCGGGCGGCGCUCCGGGGGGCCCGGGUUCGGAGCCGUUCGGGGGCCAGCUGCAGCCGGGGGAGCCGCCGUCGUGGCGCCGGGUGACCACCUCCGUCACGGUGAGCGGGCCCAGCCCCAGCACCGCCACGCCGCGUUCGCACUCCGUCUCCAGCGACUUCGACCUGCACGACUCCACCGACAACCUGGACAAGAUCUCCAGCUGCAGUCCCACGCACCACUACAGCUCCAGCUCCACCGGACUACACAGGGAUCGAGGGAAGUCCACUCUUCCCGAACAGAUAUGGCAGAUGCGACAUUUCAGAGCUGGGUCCAUCACUCACGAAACACAGCUGGACUUCGUUGACUUUGUGGCUCUUUUUCGUUCGUUCAGCUUAAGAGCAAGGAAGGAUUUGCGAGACUUGUUCGAUCAACUGGCUAUAACAUGCAGAAGUAUGUCCGACAGUUCUCUUAAUGAUGGCAGUCUGAAGAGUUCUCCUGAACACCUAAUGAAACCUCCUCAGAAAAUAGGACUGCUCACAAGAAACAGCUCCUUGGAUCUAUACGAGUACCGAAGCUCUGGGACCCUACAAAAGAAGAAAAUCUUCGACGCGAUAGCAACGGCUAGUAUUGUAACCAACUGUGCAGGAAUGGACACCUCGAAAUCACAAGUGAUAACUAUGCAGACGUUUUCAAAAUUUUUAGAGACCCGCCAAAUGGAGCAGAGGACAGAAGACGAAAUAAAAGCGUUAAUACAGAGGCAUGAACCAGAUCCUCUGUUGCGAAGUCAGAAUUGCUUUUCUUUUGAGGGCUUUGCGAGGUAUAUGAUGGACAAGGACAACUACGCCUUUAUCAGUGAAAGAAUGGGCCCAGAAGAAAGUGAAAUGGACCAACCGUUGUCGCAUUAUUAUAUUGCAUCUUCCCAUAAUACGUACCUCACAGGCCAUCAACUGAAAGGGGAAUCUUCUGUCGAGCUAUAUAGUCAGGUGCUACUAACAGGAUGCAGGUGUGUGGAGCUGGACUGCUGGGAUGGAGAUGACGGCUCGCCGCUCAUUUACCACGGGCACACGUUCACCACCAAGAUACCGUUCAGGUCAGUCGUCGAAGCCAUUAACAGGAGUGCCUUUGUCACGUCGCCGUACCCCGUCAUCUUGUCCAUAGAGAACCACUGCUCCGUUCAGCAACAAACUCGGAUGGCACAAAUAUUCCAGAGCGUGUUCGGCGACAAGCUGGUGACCAAGUUCCUAUUCGAGCCGGACUUCACGGACGAGUGCCAGCUGCCGUCGCCGGCGCAGCUGCGCUAUCGCAUCCUCGUCAAGAACAAGAAGCUGACGGCCGACAUCCCCGUGGCGCCGUCUGCGCAGGCGCCGCCCCCGCGCCACGGCAGCAGCUCCCACACGCCGGUGCGCGCGGCGCCGGGGGCGGCGGGAUCGGGGGCGGCGGGGUUGGCGGGGGCGGCCACCAUAGGGCCCGGCUCGGGCAAGCAGCCCUCCUCGGGCAGGGCCAGCUCCAUCACCAGCGGCGGCUCCGCCAACGACGACUUCAGCGACGACGAUGACGAUGACGACGACGACGACGACGAGAACAUCGACGAGAAGCUGCUGGGGCUGUACGGCACGGAGGACAAGUCGCUGAGCAAGUCGACGUCGAUGUGCCCGUCGCGCACGGGCUCCAUGUCGAGCCACGAGAGCAUCCUGCGGCUGGAGCGCGGCGCCUGGCCCGGCGGGCACGCGGCGCGCGCGGCGGCGGCCCGCGGCCAGCCGGCAGACGCCUGGUACACCGACGAGGAGCCGGCGCCCACCAAGCCCAAGAAGCAGAGCAGCCAGAUCGCCAAGGAGCUCUCCGACAUGGUCGUCUACGUGCAGGCAAUCAAGUUCCGCGGACUCAACACCAUCAGCCCCAACAGCUCGGUCAAGUGCAAGCGGUCGGCGAGCACGGCUCCGGCCGUGGGCGGCCCUGCACUCAAGAAGAGCAGCAUCGGCGGCAUCACGCCGCCCACGCUGCCCUCGAGCGCGGCCGCCGCCGCCGCCGGGCCGCCGACGCCGACGGCGCACGGCUCCGGCUCGCUGUCGGCGUCGCCCGGCGUCGGCUCGGGCGGCGGCGCCGCGGGCUCCGGGCCGGGCGCGGGGGCGGGCAGCGGCGGGCCCAGCCCGGCGGCCGGCGGGGGCGGCGGCGGCGGCGGCGCGGGGCCGCAGCGCGGCACGCCCAACGUCAACCACCCCUGCUACCAGUGCUCGUCGCUGAACGAGAACACGGCCAAGAAGCUGUGCCGCAAGCAGCCGCACGCGCUCGUCGCCCACACCGAGACGCAGCUGAUGCGCACCUACCCGGCGGGCAUGCGCAUCGACUCGUCCAAUUUCAACCCGGUCAUCUUCUGGGCGUUCGGCAUCCAGAUGGUGGCGCUCAACUACCAGACGGAGGACGCGGCGCUGCACCUCAACGCCGCCAUGUUCGAGCAGAACGGCCGCUGCGGCUACGUGCUCAAGCCGACCGUCAUGUGGGACCGCACGCACAUGAUGUACCGCCGCUUCAACCCGUGGGACAAGGAGUUCGACGGGCUGCACUCGUCGCACCUGUUCGUGAACGUCGUGUCGGGCCAGUACGUGAACCAGACCAACCUGCAGGCGAGCACCUACGUCGAGGUGGAGGUGGUGGGCAUCCCGGUGGACUGCAACAAGCAGAAGACCAAGGUGGUGCAGCGCAACGCGCUCAACCCCAUCUGGAACGACACGUUCUUCUUCCAAGUGAUGUUCCGCGACCUGGCGUUCCUGCGCUUCAGCGUGCUGGACGCGAGCACGAGCCACGUGCUGGCGCAGCGCGUGCUGCCACUCAAGUGCCUGCGGCCCGGCUACCGGCACGUGCGGCUGCGCUCGCCGCAGAACCAGCCGCUGCAGCUGGCCACGCUGUUCGUGUACUCGCGCGCUGAGGAGGAGAGCCUCGACUACGACGGCGUCUCCGUCGAGAACGGCGACGCGCUGCACGCGGGACGGGCGCCCGUCGCCGCAGCCGGCGUCUCCGCGGGCGCCGCGUCCGCCGCGGGCGCCAGGGCGGCCAGGCACAGCCGCGAGCUGGCCGCCGACGCCGCCGCCGCCGUCAAGAAGGACCACGCCGCCGCCAUCGGCAGCGUGCCGCUCAAGCGCCGCAUGUUCUUCCUCAUGGUGUACGGCGUCAUGCCCGACGAGCCGUACACCAUCCUCAAGAUCACGCAGGAGUCGACGACACAGGAGGUGGUGUUGCAGGCGCUGCAGAAGGCGGGGCUCAGUGCCGACCGCGUGCACGACUACAUCCUGGUGGAGGAGGUGGCGCGCAGCUGGGAGAAGAAGGACCGCGACAUCCCGGCCACGCAGCGCGUCCUAGACCUCGAGGAGCGGCCGCUGCAGGCGCAGGCGCAGUGGCAGGGCGAGGGCCGUUUCCUGCUGAAGCGCAUGGGCGACGACCCGUCCAGCCGCGCCUGGCUCUCCUCCAUCCGCAGCACGUCGUCGGGCCGGCGCUCCGCCACCGAGGACUCGGAGGGCGCCGCCGUCGCCUCCGCCGCCGCCAGCAGCCUGCAGCUGCGGCCCUGGGAGGAGACCGACACCUUCCUCGUCUGCGUCUACAACGUCUCCCCCGAGAUCCCCUACGCCAUCCUCAAGGUGCCCGUCAGCGCUUGCGCCCAGGACGUGCUCGCCCAGGCGCUCGUCAAGGCGCGACGAAUGGAGGAUCCGGCCCGCUUCGUGCUGGUGGAAGAGCUGGAGUGGAGCAGCGGCAGCGGCAGUUCCGUCACCCGCCAACAGAGGGUUCUGGCUGACGACGAAAACGUCUACAGCACGCAGGCACACUGGCAGACCAUCGGGCGGUUCAUCCUGCGCGAGCGGGAGCGCGCGACUCCGCCGGCGGGCCGGCGCCACCGCGUGGCGGCCAACCUGCGCACGGCGACGCUGGAGCGGCUCAGCAAGGGGCUGUCGGCGGCGGCGGCGGGCGCGGCCGGGCGCAGCGCGGGCAAGGCGCCGGUGGCCGAGGCGCUCAGCGACCCCACCACGUCGCGCCACGUGCGCCACCACAAGUUCCCCGCCAGCUGCAGCGGCCGCCCGCGCCCGCCGCCGCCCGUCGCCACGCAGCACCGCGAGGUCCACUCCGAGGGCGAGACGCUCAGCGACGACGACGUCCGCGACCUGGACCUGCGCGCCGCCGUCUCCCGCCUCAAGAAGGUGUCGCUGCGCAAGCUGCGCGUCUGGAAGUCCUGAGUGGAGGUGGCGCUGUACGGCGCCAGACAGGAGUCCUCGCCGCACACCGGCGCGUCCUGGAUGUGAGUCGCCGUGCAGCCGCCGGAGCUCCUCUCGCUUCACUCGCAGUCUCGAGACCGAGCAGACUGUACACUGGAGGACGAUCACCCCGGGUGCCUUCCCAUCUUUGUCGACGGACGUUCCACCCCAGCUACAAAUACGAGACUUCCGAUCCGGGCGCGGCUGUGCGGUACCCGUCACCACUCCCUUUCUAGAACCACUCGUCGUAUGUGGUGGUUCCCUGACAGUGACGUAACUUAUCGAGUGGCCUCUGUCUGACUUAGAAACUGCCUUCCUCUGUACUGUGCUGGAACAAGUUCGGGUUAAAAUCCCCAAAUAUCGUCGAAAUGAACCAUUUUACAUCAAAUGCGCUCUCUCUCAACCCCUCCCUUCUCCCCCUCCCUCCCCCUCCCUCUCAUUCACGUAUCGACCCAGACUGGAAAACAGGGAAACGGUUGCGAACCGACCAGUGUACGAGAGGACAGUAGCGUGUCGUGUGUGCGUUUCUGUGUUUCCGUGUGGCUGGUGAGGUCUGUAGAGAAUGCCGUGUUUUCUGUGGUGUACAGAAGACUCCUUUUUGCUUCGAGGGAAGUGUCGCCGUGUGGAUAUGUUUUGUGCCUGUUGCCUUAAUGUCAGUGCUAGUGCCGGUUUCACUUCAGUUUUGUCAACAGUAUUGUAAAUGUGAGUUUGUAGUGGAUCUCUCAAUGUUUUUCAAUGUUGUCAGUGACACAGGUGUUGGCUGGGCGUUUUUGAACAGUGAUUUAUGUACAGUUACAGACUUCAAAUACACAAAACAGGUAAAUUCACCGAUGGUAACCGGCUUCUGCAAAAAUGGGAUAUUUUUGUAACGCUAAACCAAAGUUCGACAUCAAAUGUUUAACAUAUCUUCAAUAUUUUUGUUCUUAAAAUUAGGUACUAACGUACUAAUAAAAAUAUCAAAAAUCCCAUUUUGCUUGAAGUUUCGAGAACGGAACAUACCUGUAAUUAGCGUUGACUGAAUAGUUGUCCCGAUGUUUUGUUGUUGCCCAUAUCUAGUCAUAAGAAACUUUCUGUGAUACUUUUAUGUAUUGUAUUUAAAUCUGAUACCUCGUCUCAUGAUUUUAUACUGUGGUACCGACCUUCAUAAUCGUAAGGUUCAAAUCAUUAUUACUGCUUCAUUAUUUAUAAUUUCCUCAUUUUUGUUUGAACUGUACAUGACAUCGUGUGUAGCUUAGUACACAUUUUUAAUCGAAUGUGACGUUUGUUUUGUUACUAUGCUGGAUAAUAGUUCAAAUGAUUGCUUUUAUGACACAUACUUCAACACUGUUCUGUUAUUCAGAUAAUUCACUUCCUGUAAUACUGAGAACAGGUUUUUUUGAGUGCUAUGCUGAGCUUGAUCUUCUCUGCCCAAGAAGGUACUGUUAUAUUUUUACCAGUUCACUAUACCAUGUGGUGAGAAAAUAAUACUUCACAGUGCAUGAGUCAUUGAUAACAUCUAAAGACAUUAAGAAACAAAAAUCCUGUAACAUCAGCUAUAAAUCAAAAUGUGCAUAUUGUACACUGUACAAAUUUUAGUAUUAAAAAGAUAAAUGCUGCUGCAAAUGCAGUGUUAUAUUGUCUGUUGCCUAAAUUAUAUUAAGAUUGAUAAGUGUUUUCCUGUAAAUGGCAUAUAAAUUGAGGGUUCUUUGUUGACAGCUUUCAAAGUAAAUAUAUUCUUUUUAUUGACUGUAAAAACAUCUAUUCUGUUUGUAAAUAUAUUUAUAUACACAUAUUUAUAAAAUGUUGUUACCAGAUUUUUAAUUGAGCCAAGAAAGCAGUGGUUAAGUAUCAGCACAGAUGCCUUCCUAUUGGUAUAAGCAGAGCAGGAGCUAAUUAUUUUUCUAAGUGUUGAAGUUCUAUGCGUAGAGUUAAUGUGAGGGUGACAUCUUGGAUGUGUGUGUCCUAUAAAAAAGGAAUGGAAUGUAGUUGCAUGAUUUAUUUACAGAUAUGCAACAAACUGGAUCAGUAUUGUGAUUACAUUUUACUCUGAAAUUAUUCUUACAUAUAUUUUUUUUAAUAUGUACCUGUACCUUUUUGUUCUGUACCAAUAAAGCUGCUACUUAAGAAGAAAUAAACGAAAUUAAGUAUUGUAUUUAAUGCAAUGUUGCCAGUUUAGGAGUAUAACUGAAGUGUGUACUGAAACAAGAAAAAGCUUAAUAUUAAAUAUUCCAUCAAACAUAAUUCAUGAAUUCAGUACUCCUAUAUCAUGUCUAAAGUAUUACCAAUGAGACAAUCAGAUUUCAUAAUUUGCAAUUUCAUUAAAUCAUCAUUAAUUCUGUAUGUCAUUAUGGCUGUGAUGGAAAGUUGUUAUUAAUUAUGUAUGGUAAUGUAUUAUUUUUAUUUAUUUUUAUUUUUAAUCCUGAUAGAAAUUCUUCUUGUCUCAGUACAUUCUUCUAUAUGUGAUAUAAGCAAUUUCUACACAUAUUGCAAAUGUUAUCGUAGUUAGUGCUACAGGUACCACUUACUCUGUACACUGGAAAUUUACAUUCAGCCAUAAUUUGUUGAAGUCAGAUAGAACAAACUUUAGUUUGAAUUGAAAAAGAUCUAAAACAAAACUUUGCCAGAGUCAUGUUUAGAUACAUACAUCAUAAAAUGUUAAAAUGACAACAGUCACUAAGAAAAGUUAUAGAAUGAUAAGGAUUACAUUUCAUAGAAAAAUAUAUAGGUAGAAUGACUUUACUUACAGGGAGCUAGUCAUAUAUUUAGUUUAUAUUCUGUGAAUGAAUCUGGCCCUACAACUAAAUUAAAUAUAGGGUCUCAUAAGUAGAACAAAUAAUCUGGCAUGAGAACUACUUCAGAAUAAAAGAAACCUGACUAAUUUCUUUAAAAAUGUUAAACUAUAUAAUAAUGAUUCCUAGAUAUUCAGAUACAUCUUACCUUAGUAGAGCUAAGCCUUUUCUGUGUUAGCUUGCAAUAUUAGACAAAUGGAGCAUAUAUACUUGUUGAAUGAAAGCAUUACACUGAAUGUAAUUGUUGAAACUGAUGCACAAAUGUGAUGAAUUUAUUAAAUUUCUCGACCAGUAAAUAACAUUGCAGCACAAGAAGUGGUUAACUUUGCACAAUUUCUAAUCAGAGUUCCUUAUUACUUCUACAGUAGCUGACUGAGUUUAAAAAGUUGUAAUGGAGGCAGCUAAACCCUAGCUGUAUUUUAAAUAGUAUACUGUACCAUGCAUGUGUUCUUUUUAUCAGAUGUGAAAUAAUGUACAGUGUUUUAUAUAUUUCAGACCACCAAACUUUUCAACACUCUGUGAUUAUGUUUAUUUAUUUCAGACUAUGAAAGACAUUUUCAUUAAAAAAUCCAUUUUACAAACUUUGUGAGAAAUAUGUUUAUAUGCUUACAACUUCUGCUUGAGAGAAAGUUGUAAAUAAAAAAAUCUAUUUGUCCACUGUAUACAUUCAUCACUAAUUAUGUAUCAUCAUUCAGAUUCUGAAUUGAUACUGACAAGCUUCUUACAGGUAUAAUCAUGACAAGGUAUGUAAGAAAGCUGCUAUGGUGAUAUAACAGUACUGUAACUGUUGCUUUUUAUAUCAAUUCCUUGGAGAUUAAUUUAUUUUAAUUUUGCUACCCACUGUUAUCUAUAACACAACUGAAAUAUGUUAUGACUCUUCUAUUUUCAAACAACUCAAUGCAAAUCUAUUUGAGGAAAUUGUACAUGUUAUAUUUUAUGACAGCAGUUGUGACUUUUCGGAAUCAGAAUUAAAUGUCAGAACACUAAUUAUCCACUCUUUCCAUAUCAGAAAGUUGCUUGUAAAUAAUUUUCCACUUUUAUAUAUACAUAAAUAUAAAUAUAUGUAUAUCUUGUUCUUGUUUCCUUCGUGUCAGAGGAUUUUUCAUGCAGCUGUAACUAUAAUAUUAUAUUUGAUAUAUUGUUCUGGACAAACAUUUCCCUUGAUACAUUAAAAUAAAUGACAACUAACUGAAA